AUCAAUAGUUGUAUUUUUAAAAAAUAAUUCUCAAAAAUUAUAUUUUAGGAAAGUUUUCAUUUUUUAUAGAAAUAUUUUAGAUUAGGGGUUGUGAUUUAUAAAUUAGGAUUACAAGAAUUUUUGUUGAUAGAUGAGUAUUUUUUAAGAUUUUUUUAUCAAUAGGUUUUUUAUUUUAGAUAAAAUUCUCAAAAAUUCUAUUUAUGGAAAGUUUUUAUUUUUAUUGAGAACUAUUGUAGUUUUGAUGUUCUGAUUUAGAAAUUAGGAUAACAAGAGUUUUUGUUGAUAGAUGUGUAUUCUUUAAGAUUUUUUUAUCAAUACGUUGUAUAUUUUAGAUAAAUUGUCUAAAAUUUUAUUUAAGGAAAAUUUUUAUUUUUAUUGAGAACUAUUGUAGUUUUGGGGUUCUGAUUUAGAAAUUUUGAUAACAAGAAUUUUUGUUGAUAGAUGUGUAUUCUUUUAGAUUUUUUGAUCAAUAGUUGUAAUUUUAAAAUAUAAUUCUCAAAAAUUCUAUUUUAUGAAAGUUUUCAUUUUUUAUAGAAAUAUUGUAGAUUUGGGGUUGUGAUUUAGAUAUUAGGAUAACAAGAAUUUUUGUUGAUAGAUGAGUAUUUUUUUAAGAUUUUUUAAUCAAUAGGUUGUAUAUUUUAGAUAAAAUUCUCAAAAUUCUAUUUAAGGAAAGUUUUUAUUUUUAUUGAGAAUUAUUGUACAUUACUUUUAAAGUCUCUAAAACUUUAAUAACAGAACUUAAGUUUUAAAUCUAUAUAUAAAUCGACAACUAAUGCCUAAUGAUUGGCCUAUAUUACUUUUAAUCCACCAUAAGCCUGUUAAAAGAUGUCACUAGUUGGAACUAUUAUAGCUUUAAAACGUUGUAAGAUGUCCUUGAAAAUUUUAGCCAUUCUUAGUAGUACUAUGACGAAAAUUUCGGGAUCGACUCUACAUAAAAUAGGUCAACAUGUGUUCCAUUUAGUAUUGUCCUUAUAUACUAGAUCUCGCAGGUUCUGUUAGGCUGAUCCUAUGUAUUUAGGCGUCUAAAACAGAACUAAAUAUCUUGAUAACUUUAAUCUUUUAUAUGAAUUUUAGCGCAUAAUAUUAGUGCUUUACGAGUUUGAAUAUUGGUCACCUUAGUAUGCAUUAUUACCUACACACAUACACAUGUUAUAUUUAAAUUGUAUCUAAAAAUGGUUCUGAAUAUUUUUGGUCGUAUACACAUAUAUACAUUUAUACCUAUACAAGGAAAUGGUAUAUUUUAGAAAAUGGUAAAGCGUGGGGAGAAGAAUAUAAGGUGACAAAUAUUCCAACGAGUUUUUUUUUAAACAUAAUGUCAGAGAACUGAAACUGUUCUUAACAGAGCAACCAUGAAAGAUGUAUGCGUGGGGUUCUUCUCUUUCCUCAGGUUUCCAUUUUUGGCAAUCAAAAAGAUUACAUACGAUAACACAACCAUCACCGAAUCACAAACAUCACAUGCCUAUAUGUAUAUGUCUCUGUGUUGUAUAUUAGACAUUGUUCUAGGAGAGAGACCAAGAGAAGAAGAGUUAGAUGGAUAUCUCAUUUUUCCAAGCAUACCCUUUUGAUCUCCCUUGCAGUAGAGCAUUUAAUGGGGAUGGAGAAAACAAUGUAGUGGAGUUCUCUAAUAAAACAAUGAUGGUGAAGGUGAGUGAUGAAUCAAAGAAGAAGCAGAGAGGUUCUAGGGUUUGUAGUAGAGGACAUUGGAGAGUUUCUGAGGAUUCUCAGCUCACGGAACUUGUUUCUGUUCACGGUCCUCAAAACUGGAACCACAUUGCAGAGAAGAUGCAAGGACGAACAGGCAAGAGUUGCAGACUGAGGUGGUUUAACCAGUUAGACCCAAGGAUCAACAAGAGAGCUUUCAGUGUUGAGGAAGAAGAGAGGCUACUUGCAGCUCACGGAGCAUUUGGUAACAAAUGGGCUAUGAUUGCUAAGAUUUUCAAUGGAAGAACAGACAAUGCCUUAAAGAAUCAUUGGCAUGUCCUCAUGGCAAGAAAGUUGAGGCAGCAAUCAAGUUCUUACACCAGGAGAUUCAAUGGGUCUGCUCAUAAACCUAAUGCAGAUCACACAAGCUUCAAUAUCUCUCCUGGUUCUGUAGAUGAUGACGAGAUGAAUAUGGAAAAGAACAGCUGGAAAAUGCUAAAAGAGGGAACAACUAACAUGAAAGCUCAGUAUCUCCAAGAAGAGUAUCGUUCUCCACGCAUGCCAAUGCAUGGCCACUACUCAACCUUCUCUGCAGAUUCCUUGGCACUGACACUGCAUGUCUCCAUCCAAGAACCAUCAUCAUCAUUGUCGUCAUUAUCACUGCCAUCAUCAUCAGCAGAAUAUACAAUGGUGGCCACCAAACCUCCAGCAUUUAUAGAUUUUCUUGGGGUGGGCCACCAAAGCCUCAACAUCUAAAGGAAACAAAAAAAGAGUGGGAGCUAAUCAAGAACUUGGUUACUCCUAUCAUUGUUAUCAGAUUCCAUGUCUUUUUUUUUUUUAUCAACUUCAGAUUCCAUGUCUUUAUGUAAGCUAUUAACAUGACAAGCUAAGAAAUCAUCAAGUGUCUUCUUUUCUAUUUCUCCAUGUGCUAUUUAUUAAAUUUCUUGACAAAAUAUUGAAAACCUGAUUAAUAUCAUUGUUGUACAAUUACUCAAAAGUUUUCAAAAUAUCAUGAAAGUCUGAUUAAUAUCAAGAAUCAUGUCUAAGUGUUUUAACAUACACAAUCUCAUCCCAAAAGGAUAAGGAUCAAUAAGCUAAGAGUGUGCUUUGAAGUACAAAAGAAUUGAUAUGGUUAAAGAAAAAUAUAAUAUCAUAUGAUUCA